AUGUACCUCCCUCGCUCAUUGAUCUCCCACCUGUACACUCAGCUAGUCAGAACAUAUCACCCGCUAUCUUCACCUGUGCUCAUACUCUCCUCGCUUGAUCCCGACGCAAUAUGCGCGUGUCGCAUCUUUGCCGCGCUGCUCAAGCGCGACUACAUUCCCCACAAGAUACAGCCAGUCGCCGGAUAUGACGACCUUGCUAAGGCCGGCGAGACGCUGGUCCGACCCAUGAAGACUACGGAGGGAGGCAGUGGUGGUGUUGUUGUAUGUCUCGGUGUCGGUGGGCUGAUCGACCUGUCCAACAUGCUCGGACUCGACAGCGAAGACCCGUCCGAGUCGAUGGGCGGAGUUGAGGUUUGGCUUUUCGACGCCAGAAGACCGUGGAAUCUGCAUAAUGUCUUUGGAGGACAGCCGCCUAUGCAGGUACUGCAAGAGACGGACGCGAACUCAAGACGAAGGACAGCUGGUGUUGACAAGGGUUGUCUACAACGAUCAUACAAACCUGGAAAGGGCGGUAUUAUCGUCUUUGAUGACGGCGAUAUCGCCGACGAGCUCAAUGCUGAACGAGACGCCUACUCUGCUCUGGCCGAGAUGCCUGAUAUUGAUGAGGACGUCGAGGACGAUGACGAUGAAGAAGAUGAGGAAAAUGAAGAGCGGCAAGACGAAACGAAUAGCUCAAAGAAACGAAAAUCUUGGUCAGACCGCGACGAAGAGGACAUGAGCGAAGAUGACGGAGAGCGACCACGACAGCGGCGAAGAAGCAAUUCUGGAUCUUCGAUUGCUUCACCAAACAGGACACCGCCAUCAUCACAGCCCUCCUCCCCGCCUGUUGUCCCGAAGCAACCCACGGCUAGGCAGCUACGAAAACGGCUAAUCAAUCUUAAACGAUCUCAUGAAGCUGUACUGGACAAGUACUACUCCAUAGGAAAUUCCUACUCUGAGCCCAUCUCGUCACUGGCCUAUUCGCUCGCUUCUGAGCUUGGUCGAGAGGACAACGACAUGCUAUGGCUGGCGAUUGUCGGUGUCACUUCAUUGGAACUUUCCGGCUGCACGUCCACGGGCUUGGGUACAUCACGGCCCAAAGCUAACCACCUGCCCAGCGACUACCACAAGUCCUGGAAAGCCACUCGCUCCUCUCGUACAUAUGCACUCCUACGAGAUGAGGUACGACGUCUCAAUCCGCCGCCGCUAGGCGACACACAUAACUUGGGAUUCAGCAGCGCACCAUCAUCUCCCUCCGACCACUCGAUACGACUGAGUCCAGACCCUCGCUUUCUCCUUCUCCGCCAUUGGUCAUUAUACGACAGCAUGCUGCAUUCGCCAUACCUUGCGGCCCGCCUCCACAUAUGGAAGGACGAUGGAGUGAAGCGUCUUCAUAAACUUCUUGCCAAGAUGGGCGUGUCCCUCUCGCAGUCCAAACAAACAUACACACACAUGGACAUGGACUUAAAGAAGGUGCUGCGCGAACGCCUGCUGCAAUAUGCCGGUGCCUACGGCCUCGAUGAGAUUGUCCCUUCAGGCAGUGGUCUGGCAACCUAUGACCAGGAGGGCUGGGGCUUCAUUCGCUCAUGGGGUUGGAAAGCUCAGCUCAGUGCAACCGACGUUGGUGUCGUAUUGGCUGCAAUACUCGAUCUUGGCACGGGACCCAAUGCUCACUUCAGAUCUAUUGCGACCAACCCCAUGUCCGGCUCCUCUCAGAUGUCAAGCAAGACCGAGGAUGUUGCCGACCGCUCUGAAGUGCUUGUGCCCCGAUUCUUCGCAGCUUACGACGCUCUGGCCCCCAACCACCCAACACAACUUCUGGCCGCGAUUCCCACCGCACAGCAUUUACUACGUGCCAUACAAAGCACAGGUUCCAGCCUUUUGCACAAGCGUCAGCUUCGGCAUUUACGCGCUUUUCGCAUGAGUGUCCUCAAAGAGGGGCCAGAUUUGGCAUUGUUCGCCAAUAGCCCAGGCGCUCUGACGAAACUGGCUUUGUGGCUCAGUGAGUCCAUUGAAGUUAGUGAGCGCGAUCGCAAGGGCAUCGACGAGGCCACGCCUUUCGUGCUAGCCGCCUUGGACGAACGAAGGGGCACGUAUCUCAUUGUCGGCACUGGUGGUGGCAUCGGCUCGGCAGCAGAUAGCGAAGCCAAAAAGGAAAAGGCAGCCGCCAAGGAGAAGAAAAAGGCCGAAAAAGCAGAGGCUCGUAAAAAGAAGCAGGAAGAGCGUGAGAAGCGGAGGGAGAUCAGACGUGCGGCGCUGGGAGAGGAUGAGGAAGAUGACGACACGGAGAGCGAGAGCGAGGCGGAAUCAUCCGAAGACGAGAGUGAUGAUGAAGUUGAGGAUGAAAUAACCAAGAAGCGUGGCUACGGCCACAACAGGUUCGGAAUUGCGUUCCAGGAGGUCGUGGAGGAGACGAAGGCGAGAGUCAAGAUCGACAGCUUUGACCACUGCGUUGUGGAGGUGCAGAAGGAAGACUUGACCGGCUUCCUCGAAGGCCUGAGUCUCAAGAGCGUUGUUGGCCGGUGA